AUAAUCAGUAAAUGAUGGAAUUCAUUCCAGAUGAUUUAGGGAUGAUAAAAGCUAAUUUUGAUUACGUGCAUUUGAUUAUUUAAUGCGAAAUGACGUUAUGGUUACUCAAUGAGAGUCGGAUUACUUCAAGCUGGAUAAUGAGUUCUGCAAUAAAAUCCACAAUGAGUAGUUCACAUACUGUGGGGGUAGGAGGAGAUGCAGGCCAACAGCAACAGCAGAGGUUUCUUUUACAACUUGCUGGCCAAGAAGAUGAGAUUGAUCUCGUGUUGCUUGAUCAUUGUUAUGCUAAGCCAUGGAGUGCACAUCCAGAUGCCAGCAAUGCAAAACCUCUGAAGAUGCUCUUCAUGACUAAAUUCCAGAGAGGACAAAAUGCAGAACAACAUGUCUCAGGGGAUAUGCAGGUGGAUGUGGUAAACCCUUCUUUCCAAUCAGCUCCUAUCUAUGACCCAGUGAAAGCUAGAUCAGUGAUGAAUGAAUGCGAGAGACAUGUCAAUUUUGCCAGGAUGGAAGAAAAGCCUGGAGAUUGGGAAGAUACUGUAACAAGGACUGGAUGGACCUUGCAGCAAAAUAAACUCUUCAAUAAAGUAAUCAAAAUUCUUCAGUCUGACAGACUGUCUAGAUUGGCAUAUGAAGGGCACAACAAUGAACCCAUAAUGAGAAGAUUAAGUGUGGAUAAAACGGCCAAAAGGUUCAGACAAGCCAUGGGUUCAGUAGGAUGG